AUGACGAAAUAUAUUUCAGUAAAUAAGUACAUGACAGAAGUCAAAGAAGAACUAGACCCAUUCGCAUAUUUGAAUGUUUACUUCUACCAUUUUGAAAAGUCUACAUUUGACAAAGUUUGGAACAUCGAACCGGUUAAGUUUGCUAUUGUGACUAAAAAUGGUGCGAAAUUUGAAGACUUAGACAUAGAAGGUUUGUUAGCAGUCAAAGAAAAUUUUGACAGAAGGUUCUCAAACCUUAAAGAAGGCAAAGCAUACAAACUUGUUAUACCUUAUGAACCAAAGAAAGCAGACGACUAUGA